AUGCCACGAAUAAGACAAAGAACAACAAAUAGAGGCAAUAAUAGUGAAGCCAUAAAGAGAGCUGCAGAAAUCUGUAUUAAAGAAAAUAAAUCUGAACGAUCAGUUGCAAAUCAAUUUGAAAUCUGUCAUGUAAGUUUAAAUCGCUACAUAAAAAAAUUGAAAGCUCACCGUGAUACUGGUGGUCCUCUACCUGAAUGUGGUUAUCGCCCUCACACCCGAAUAUUUAACAAUUUACAAGAAUCAAUGUUAACAAAUUACUUAAAAAAUUGUGCUGACAUGUACUUUGGAUUGAGCCCCAAAGAUGUGAAAAAACUUGUUUAUGAAUUUGCAAUUAAAUUAGAUUUAAAAAUACCACCUAGUUGGACCAAAUAUGAAUUUGCAGGUGAUGAUUGGUUUUCUAGUUUCUUAAAACGCAACAAUACAUUAUCCAUAAGAAAACCAGAGGCUACUAGUUUAGCUAGGGCAAUGAACUUCAACCCAGUAAAUGUUAAAAAAUGUAUGGACAAAUAUGAUUCAGUUCUUAUGAAAUAUAAAUUUGAAGCACAUCAGAUAUAUAACUUAGAUGAAACUGGGAUAACUACUGUGCAAAAUCCUGGUAAAAUAGUAGCACAAAAAGGAAAAAAACAAGUAGGAGCAAUUACAUCAUCUGAACGUGGAACAUUGGUUACAAUGUGCUUAGCAGUAAGUGCUCUAGAAAAUACUAUACCACCUAUGUUUGUCUUCCCUAGAGUGAAUUAUAAAGAUCAUUUUAUUAGAGGAGGGCCACCAGGGUGUGUAGGCACAUCAAAUAAAUCAGGGUGGAUGCAAGGAGACCAAUUCUUAGAAUUCAUGCAACAUUUUGUCAACCAUGUAAGACUCACACAAGAAAAAAAGGUGCUGAUACUAUUAGAUAACCACGAAUCACAUUUAUAUUUACCAGUUAUAGAUUUUUGUAGAGAGAAUGGUGUGGUGUUGCUUUCAUUCCCCCCUCAUUGCUCCCACAAACUUCAACCUUUAGACAGGUCAGUGUUUGGUCCAUUCAAAAAAUGUAUUAACCAAGAAAUGGAUUCUUGGAUAAAGAGCAACCCUGGUAAAAGGUUUACUAUAUAUGAUUUGCCUUCUGUUACUUCUAAUGCCCUUGUAAACGCAGCUACACCAAAAAAUAUUAUAAAUGGUUUUUCUGUGUCUGGUGUAUGGCCAUUCAAUAGAAAUUGUUAA